AUGCCCCAUCUCUGGCCGGCUCUCCGCGGCGUGCUCUGGGAAUACUGGGCAGCGCUCCUGGUCGGCGGCUUCUGGGGCCAGUGCUCGCACGGGAUGCCGCAUGUCAUCCGGAUAGGAGGAAUCUUUGAGUAUGCAGAUGGCCCCAACACCCAGGUUAUGAGUGCUGAGGAGCAAGCCUUCAGAUUCUCUGCCAACAUUAUUAACAGAAACAGAACUUUGUUGCCUAACACAACACUAACCUAUGACAUCCAGAGGAUACACUUCCAUGACAGCUUUGAAGCAACUAAGAAAGCCUGUGACCAACUGGCUCUGGGCGUUGUAGCAAUAUUUGGACCUUCCCAAGGCUCCUGCACCAACGCUGUCCAGUCUAUUUGCAAUGCCCUGGAAGUUCCCCACAUACAGCUUCGAUGGAAGCAUCACCCUUUGGAUAACAAGGACACUUUCUAUGUCAACCUGUAUCCCGACUAUGCUUCCCUUAGCCAUGCCAUUCUGGACCUGGUGCAGUAUUUGAAAUGGAGGUCAGCCACUGUGGUGUAUGAUGACAGCACAGGCCUGAUCCGGCUGCAGGAGCUCAUCAUGGCCCCGUCGAGGUACAACAUCCGGCUGAAGAUCCGCCAGCUCCCGCUGGACUCCGAGGACGCGCGGCCGCUGCUGAAGGAGAUGAAGCGGGGCAGGGAAUUCCGCAUCAUCUUCGACUGCAGCCACCUGAUGGCAGCUCAGAUCCUCAAGCAGGCCAUGGCAAUGGGAAUGAUGACAGAAUACUACCACUUCAUCUUCACCACUCUGGAUCUUUAUGCAUUAGACCUAGAACCAUAUCGCUACUCUGGAGUGAACCUGACCGGCUUCCGGAUCCUCAACGUGGAAAACCCACACGUGUCCUCCAUCAUCGAGAAGUGGUCCAUGGAGCGGCUGCAGGCGGCGCCCAAGGCGGAGCUGGGCCUGCUCGACGGCGUGAUGAUGACAGACGCUGCCCUGCUGUACGACGCGGUGCACGUGGUCUCGGUCUGCUACCAGCGCGCCCCUCAGAUGACUGUCAACUCCCUGCAGUGCCACCGGCACAAAGCCUGGAGGUUUGGUGGCCGCUUCAUGAACUUUAUAAAAGAGGCCCAAUGGGAAGGAUUAACGGGACGAAUUGUCUUUAAUAAAACUAGUGGUUUACGCACAGACUUUGAUUUGGAUAUCAUCAGCCUCAAAGAGGAUGGUCUCGAAAAGGUUGGAGCCUGGAGCCCUUCUGAUGGUUUGAACAUCACAGAAAUUUCCAAAGGACGAGGCCCUAAUGUCACAGACUCGCUGAGCAACAGAUCUCUGAUUGUCACCACAGUUCUGGAAGAGCCCUUUGUCAUGUUCCGUAAGUCCGACACGGCGCUGUUCGGGAACGACCGCUUCGAGGGUUAUUGCAUUGACCUCCUGAAGGAGCUGGCCAUCAUCCUGGGCUUCACCUACGAGAUCCGGCUGGUGGAGGAUGGGAAGUACGGGGCGCAGGACGAGAAGGGGCAGUGGAACGGGAUGAUCAAGGAGCUCAUCGACCAUAAAGCUGAUCUGGCUGUUGCUCCUCUCACCAUAACCCACGUUCGGGAGAAAGCGAUCGACUUCUCCAAGCCCUUCAUGACCCUGGGGGUCAGCAUCUUAUACCGGAAGCCCAACGGGACCAACCCCAGCGUGUUCUCCUUCCUCAACCCCCUCUCUCCUGACAUCUGGAUGUACAUCCUCCUCGCCUACCUGGGGGUCAGCUGCGUGCUGUUUGUCAUAGCCAGGUUCAGCCCAUACGAGUGGUACGAUGCUCAUCCCUGCAACCCGGGAUCAGACAUCGUGGAGAACAACUUCACCCUGUUGAACAGCUUCUGGUUCGGGAUGGGCGCGCUGAUGCAGCAAGGCUCUGAGCUGAUGCCCAAAGCACUGUCUACACGGAUCAUUGGUGGCAUAUGGUGGUUCUUCACCCUAAUUAUCAUCUCGUCCUACACGGCCAACCUUGCCGCCUUCCUGACGGUGGAGAGGAUGGAAUCCCCCAUCGACUCGGCAGAUGACUUGGCAAAGCAGACAAAAAUAGAGUAUGGAGCAGUGAAGGAUGGAGCCACUAUGACCUUCUUCAAGAAAUCCAAAAUCUCCACAUUUGAGAAAAUGUGGGCUUUCAUGAGCAGCAAACCCACAGCACUCGUUAAAAACAACGAGGAAGGAAUCCAGCGAACUCUCACAGCCGACUACGCCCUGCUGAUGGAGUCCACCACCAUCGAGUACAUCACCCAGAGGAACUGCAACCUGACUCAGAUUGGGGGGCUCAUUGAUUCCAAAGGCUACGGGAUUGGCACUCCCAUGGGGUCACCCUACAGGGACAAGAUCACCAUUGCCAUCCUCCAGCUCCAGGAGGAGGACAAGCUCCACGUAAUGAAGGAGAAGUGGUGGCGAGGAAACGGCUGCCCUGAGGACGAGAACAAGGAGGCCAGUGCUCUGGGCAUCCAAAACAUCGGCGGGAUUUUCAUUGUGCUGGCAGCAGGCCUGGUGCUCUCUGUCUUCGUGGCCAUGGUGGAGUUCAUCUACAAGCUGCGCAAAACGGCAGAGCGUGAGCAGCGCUCCUUCUGCAGCGCCGUGGCCGACGAGCUCCGGCUGUCGCUCACCUGCCAGCGCCGGGUCAAGCACAAGCCCCCGCCUCCCGUCAUGGUGAAGACGGACGCCGUGAUCAACAUGCACACCUUCAACGACCGACGCCUGCCCGGGAAGGACAGCAUGACCUGCAACACUGGAUUGGCACCCGUGUUUCCCUAGGGAACGGGAGUGGGGGGUGGGAGGGAAGGAGCUGCAGCAGACAAGGCUGGAUGCACUGUUAAGUAGAGAAGAAAGGAUUAAAAAAAACAAGGAAAAAAAAAAAACACAGAAAAAAAAAAGAAAGCCUGGUUUGGUUCAUUUCAAGAAUAAGGCCUUUGCCACACAGCACCCAUCACCGGCACAGAAGCAAGAACUUCAAACACAGACUGUAACAGGUCUUGGGGGUUUCUGUUUUGUUUUGGUUACUUUGUGUUCCUUUUUUUUUUUUUUUUUUUUUUUAAGGCUUAGAUCCCACAGGCCUCGUGGAGCCCAACCACAGCACACCCCACCAUCCAGGAGUCUGAUGUUUACAUACUGAAAACACACGGAGGCAAAAGACAAUUGAGCCAAACCGACCCUCGGCGGGCAAGGAGCCCCCGAGCAAGGCUUCCUCAGCAUGGCAAUAAGAGAGACACUUCGCUGGGUGCAGCGUGAGCGUCUGUGCAAGCGUCUAUUCCACAGGGACAUCCACAGCACAUCUAGGAUAUGUUGUCCAGGAAAGGGAACAGGGAAGGCCUGUGAUGGCCAGGGCUGUGCCUCUCCCGGAGCAGCACGCGGUUGCCCUUCACCUCUGGGCUGUGCUGGCCUUGGCACCCACAGCUGAAAGUCCCUGUGGGCAGUGGUGGGAGAAGGCAACACCCAGGUAAAGCAGUGGAUCUGAGAUCAGUGACCACGAAGGAACAAGUCAGCCUGAGCAGAGCCGAACUCCUGGCCUGGGAUGGGACAGCACAGGCUGCAAAGGAGCCACUGCUAUCUCCAAGUGCCAUCACCCCAUGCCCUGUGCCAAGCCCCAGCCUGUGCCCAGGGUGCCAUCAUGAUCUCCAGGUCCUCAGCUCCUUCCCUUUUUCCACACAGCUCAUUCUGUCCCGCAAAGGAGCACAGAAAGUGGCUGAGCCCAGCAGCUGCAGCAGCAGCAGAGCUUCUUCCAAGAGCCCAACAAUACCAAUUUCCGUGAAAUUCAGCAGCACUGAACUGCAGCUCUGCUGUGUUCGCACUCAGACCAGGAGAGGACUGAAUGGCUGUUUGGACUAGACACUCUCCAUGGCAUCAGAGACCUGAAAGACAUCCCAGCCUGCAGGGCCAGGGCUGGCCUGGGACAAGCAGCACCGUGUGAGCCCCCCUGACACCCCUUGCUCAGUCCCUCAGGCAGCACCUCCUCGUGACUGAACCAGACACACACUGAAAUGGGUUUGAGAAAUCUUCCACAAACUGUGUUCUUAUUUUCAGGUUUCUUAACCCAGAAGGCUGGUCCUGCAGAUGAAUUUAGUUGGAAUUACCAAAGACACUUGUGCUGACCUAAAGUGAUGUUCCAGUGAUGUCACUCAGCCCUGUCCCUCCCCAGGAACUGCGCAGUGGCAAGGGGGACACUGUGGAUUAAUUUGCAAAAUGAAACAAACAGAAACACUUGUAACCCAGAACAUCACAAGGGGAGAACUGCCAAGGUGCCUCUGAGCUCUGGUUAAACACUGGUGUUGAAGGAAAGAGCAACCUCCUGCCCUUGCACACCUCAGGGUGCCAGGGACCUGCUGCAGGUCCUGCACCCCCCAGCCCUGCUCUGGAGGGUGGGCAGCACAACCCGACAGCACCCAGACCUCCCAAAACUUGUCCCUCUGUGUUGGGAGCUCAGCAAGGUGUCACAGCCACCACAGGAACCAGCAGCUGAACUGUCCCAGUUUUCCCUCCCCACGCUGCAAGGCCUUUCUGGAAAGUUUAUCCUCGCCCAAAGGAACAAACCUGUUUGUAACUGAUUUCAGAUUUUUUUCCCCACCUGUUUCUUUCUGAGGCUCAGUUAGGAAUGUUACCCCUGGGGGUGAUCAGA